AUGUCGUACAACUACAACCCGCUCCUCGACUCGCUGUCGCCGCGCGCGGGGGCGGUGUCGCCCGGCCGGAGGGCAGUGCGCCCCGCGCCGCAGAUAAUCGACCACGCGCACCCCGCGAGCCCGCCGCUACGGUCGGCCGUGGCCAGCAGCCCGGUGUUUAUCCACCCCCUGCCGGCGAGCCUGAGCAUCGAGGCUGAGAGCAGGGCAGAGAGCGAGCUCGAGCUCGGCCGGCAGCGCGCACAGCUCGCGCGCGAGAAGGCGCUCGCUGAGGCGCUGCAGGACGAGCGGCACCGCGUCGAGCGCGCGCCAGCAAAGGAGGACAUGGGGUCGUGGGCGGCCAUGCUCAAGAAGAUUGAGAGCACCAAGGCGGGCGGCAAGGCGUCGAGCGCGGGGUUUGCACGCCCGCCCCAGGCGUACGAGCUGUACCAGGCCAUCGAUAAGCGCAACAUCGACUUUAUCAUGCGCGUGCGCGACCACGCGUUUAAUCUGCUGCUUCAGAAGAACGCGACGGACUUUCCUAUUAUCUACGCUGCGCGCAUCGGGCCGAGCCAUCGCGAGAUUGUGAUUCUGCUCAUUGGCGCGUUUUCACGCUACGUCAACCAGCUCGAAGAGGACGACUUCAAGAAGAAGGAGGUCCAGAACACGCUCAAGAUGCUCCGUGCAAACCUCAAGCUCGCGAUCGACAAUGCCCUCCUGCCAAGCCAGCAGUCCAACCUGCUGUCAUCGUACCUCCAAGUGCUCAUCAUGUCAGAGGGCGACGCGUGGCUCCACCGCUCGGUGCACGACCUCGCGUUGAUUAUUCGCGCCGAGGACGCGCGGCCCGUCGCGCAGGCCGAGGCGCUCGUACGCCGCUUCUCGACCAAGGAGCUGCGCAGCGUGCCCGGCGGCGUGGGCGACGUCGAUGAGUAUGUUGCCAACGCGACGCUCGACUUGGUGAUCAUGAGCGUGUGGAGUGUGGCGGCUGGACAGAUCGGCGCAGAGGCGCUGCCGGUGAGUGAUGCCGCCAAAGGUUGUGCUCACCCCCAGACCUACACCUUCGCACGCGACCUCCGCACCUGGACCCUCUUCUCCGAGGCACUGCAGGAGAACAGGCAAAAGCUCCCCAAGGUAAACUCGCGGAUACGCAAGAUGAUGGCCCUGCUCGAGGAGCUCGGCGGCGACACGCGCAAGAGCAUCCGCGGGCGGCUGCGCGACGUCCAGGAGGCGCUGGACAAGUAG